GGGAUCCUACCUCCACCGAAUUGAGGCCAUCUUCGGUAUUACGGAUUGAGGCUAUCUCCGUCAUAGGAAAUAAAUGUUAAGUGGUUUGACUUUGGUGAAAGUCUAAAUUGGUUUGACCGGUGGUCAAAGAGUUCAUGAGAAAACCGUAACACCUAAAUCGUUUUGAAAAGAAAGAAAAUAAGUUGACUGUUGGUCAACCGUCUAAAGAACCGAAUGUAAAGUUGAAUUGAUUUUUAUUAAAAGGAUAAACAUAUGUACGAUCUUAAUUGUUGAAUUAUUAUGUUUAUUCUUGUGCUACAAUGGAGUACCACUCAGCGUCAAUGCUGAGCGGAUAGCGUUGUUUUCUUUUGCUGUCCGUAGGUGAUCAGACAGAUGAACCUAGAGCCGAUCCCAGAGGGCAUUGAGGAGGAGAUAAGAAACAACACCUCCUCCACCCCCAAAUCAAAAAAAGGUUUUAAAGGAAUAGUCGGUGAGCUUCUUGCAAAGAAAGGGAAGCGUGCUCAGCCUUCGACGAGUUCAAGUGGUACAAUAGUAAGCUCACACAACAAACUUGCUAUGUACCAAGGGGUGCCAUGCGAUUACGACGAGGACGACGUGGAGUUUGACGUCCUCGGAUGGUGGAAGUGGAACGAACACAUGUUCCCAUGUCUUGGAAAGCUAGCAAGACAAGUGUUGUCCGUCCCGGUAUCAACCGUAGCAGUGGAACGAGAAUUCAAUGCUGGCGGGAACAUUCUAACCGACUUUCGAAGUUGUCUUAAUGCUGAAUCUCUUGAAACACUUGUUUGCAACCAAGAUUGGCUCUUGGCAAGACGUCGAGCUCAAGAGUCAGGGUACGAAUUCAAUUCAGAGCAUUACAUGAAUGCAACCACAGAUGGAAGUCCGAGUUCUGAGGAAUCAGUUAUAAACUUUUUUUAUGUUAAUUUAAAUAUGUAAUUAGUUUUUUUAGGUUAUCCCACUACGAAGUUUGAGGCAAGCAAGUCAAAGGAGCCCGAAGAUCGGUUUCAUUAUUAUCCACCCACAAUACAGACGAUGACAAGGGAGAACUGUAAGGCAAAAGGGUGCUCCUUGGAAGAGUGCUGUACAGCUUGCUAUGAUGAGUGUGUUGAGUGCAUCCUUUGUAGAAAAUAAAGUGAAGAUUUAUCUGAGGUUUUCCUAAAAUGGGUGAAACGAACUGCGUAAUAUGAAG